UUUCCACGCGUCUGUCAUCGUGCUUAAGGAACAGUUGCCCGGCUUGCCCACAUGUCCAUCAUCACUGGACCUGCUUUCGGCUUCUUCAGUGCUUUUCGCCUUUCUCUCUCACCAUUCUCAGUUUUUGCUAUUAUGAACCCUGGCUUUCUUUGUCUCGAAAACGGCGGUUUGUCUCGCUCAUCAACCUUGCCGUCUCUCUCACAAAUUAUCAACAACGAUGGUCUCUUGCCGGAAAAAGCACUCUGCAGCUAGAACUUUUUUCGAUUUUUCAUUCGAAUCGAUUCAAUUUUUUACCCAAAAAAGUUAGUGUUUACUGGCUCGGAUCCUUCCUCAUCUUCUUCAUCCAAACCAGUAGCCCCACCUUCGAUUAUUACCGACGGAAACAUGACAUAUUAAGGCGCAACAACAAUACUGUAACACUUAUAAGAAAGAGCUCCAAACCUGCGAAGAUUCGUUCGAACACCUGCAGGAAGAAAUAAUAAGGCCGUUGAAGCGUAGAACGUAGGUUUACUUUGAUGCCAAGGUUAUGAAAAAAGAGUGGUUUGUACAUUAGCUAAGUACAUAUAAGUAUAUAUCUCUGUGUAUGUGUUUGUAUCAUUUGUUUUGAUUGCGAUUCUUGGUUUUGCGAUUAGGAUUUUUGGAAGGAGGCUUCGAUUCAAUUAUUGGAACAGAUAAUAUUUAUCGAAAAAUUCAAUGGGUCAGUAGAAGCUGGCUGCUUGCAAAGACAAGAACAUCAGUAUAUAUGCAUUGGAAUUUGUUGCGCUCUGAGGCUUUGUAUCGUGUGGACUUCAAUUGGUGAGUAUCACUUCGAUGUUGAUAUAGUUUAUUUUGUUGUAGAGGAUAUGAAGAAAGUGGAAAGGUACCUGGUGGAAUGUGAGUUUUGCUGCUUAAGACACAGAAUGUUGUUUGGAAGCAUAACUAUGUCUGCAAGAGAUUUACUGAGGAUCCGGAUUGCAUCAUGUUCUGAAUGAGCUUGAAAGAGGAGUUGCUCUUCAUCUGACAAUUGCAUCGCAUGACAAGGUGUGGAUUGGAUAGCAGGAUCUGGUUGGAAGACAAGAUUUUGUGAAAGAAAGGAUUUGUGUUCGUGCAAGUGAUUUCAGACAGAUUUCAAGCUGGGGUGUAGAGUUUUGAUUCAAAUUGGUGGAUUUGGGAAAAUGAAGGAAGAGAAAGAAUUAAAUUCUGGAUUUAUCAAACACUUUGUAGAUAUUCCAUGCAUUUUUGCAGCUGGAAUCUUUUGGAGAUGCAAUCUAACUGAUUGUAAAAGAUGUCGACUAUGUUGAACAAAAAAUAGAAACUGCAUGUCUGUAUUAUGAGAGGAAAUGGAGAGCAAUCUGUCUCAGUUUUGGAAUGUGCUAGAAUCAAAGAAGCUAACUCAAGCUGCUAUUUCAAAGCUGGAGGAGGCAUUGUUGAUUAAUCCUAGGAAAUAUGAUGCUCUGUGGUGCUGGGAAAUGCUUAAAUUGCUUGCGCAUUAUGCACUCUGGACCAGAAUGAAGCAAAGGUUCCAAAAGGUGUUGUACUGCUUCCAGAAGGCUUUCAACGAGCUAGCUAUAUAUACUUAGCGGUUUAGCACCGAAUAGUAUUGAAAGAUUAGCAACAACUAGUGGCUGAAAAAGCAGUGAUAUCAAAAUGUCGUUGACGUCCAAAGCAGAUCGCGAAUGGGGUAGUACCAGUACUAGUGGCGCCGGAAGUACUAGUAGCGGGUACCGCGAUGAUCCGCAGCCACAGCAUGAUGAAGAUGACGACGACGAUGAUGAUGAGUACAGAAAUUACUACAUGAAGUGCAACAUAUCAAGCAGUAGCAUAUCCGAGAUUGAGGAAGAGGAAGGUGAUGAUAUCGAUGACGAGAAGAAGGGUAAGAUUAAAAUACCAAGUGAGAUCAAAGAGCUUUUCGGAUUCAAGGGGUACCUGCCGCCGAUGCCCUCCAUCAAGGAAGAUGUCGAUUAUCAUAGCAGCCACGAUGAGAGCGUUUAUGUGGGAGUAGGGAAGGGCGAGUCCAGCAUGGACGCGCUGACGUGGGCGUUAAAGCACGCGGUUGAUCCAUCGUCGUCAACCACCGUGUAUCUCAUACAUGUUUUUCCGGGGGUCACCUACAUUCCCAGUCCAUUGGGAAAGCUUCCAAAAAACCAAGUGAGCUCACAACAGGUAGAAACUUAUAUGGCCGAAGAAAGAGGCAAGAGGAGAGUGCUCCUUCACAAGUUCAUUGAUAAAUGCUCGGUUGCAAAGGUUAAGGUAGAUACAAUACUGAUUGAAAGUGAUAUGAUCGGAAGGGCUAUUUUGGACCUCAUCCCUAUUCUCAACAUAACAAAGCUUGUCAUUGGAACUAACAAAUCUAAUCUAAGGAAAGUUAUGGCUAAGAAAGGCAGCGGGAUUGGUGCUCAGAUACUUCAAAGUGCACCCGAAGGCUGUGACGUAGACAUCAUAUGCCAAGGAAACCAAGUGACAAAGACGAUGAUGGAUCAGCCUCAGCCACCGACUGAGUCGUCGUUCUCCCCACCUCCCAAGGACGGUACGACGACGAUUACUAGUACUACUAAUGGAACCACCAACUCUAUGCAAUUGCAAGGAGACCAACAUCAGAGGACUGAAAAGCCGGCUUCUUCAUUCUUCUGUUUUAAACCCAAGUCUUAAUAUAUAAACUCAGCAACCGUAGCGGGGAUAAAGCCCUAUGGGCAAUGGCCAUACCCUUACUUUGCCUUUUUGGUGAACACCCUUUACUCGACUUUCCCAAGCGUUCAAAAUCAUCAUUGUAACAAUUAUACAUUUUGUUAAGAUAUUUACUUGAAUGGUCAUCAUCUCUGUAACAAAUUACAUGCAUGUGUUUUAUCUGAAUUUCAAGAAACCGGAUUGCAAUACAAGUUCUAUUUCUAUCUGAA